UGUAUGUCCUCAAAUAAACGAUAACAGUUUUAUUCUGCAAAGUUUGCACUGUAACAAACCAAUUGUAUCCACCAAUGGCCUACAAUCAUGAUGGUAUGCCAGACCAGCAAUUUCUUUGGGAUGUUUUUCAAAGAGUGGAUAAAGAUAGGAGUGGUCAUAUAUCCGCAGAUGAGCUACAAGUGGCCCUUUCGAAUGGUACCUGGUCUGCAUUUAAUCCGGAGACUAUCCGUUUGAUGAUUGGAAUGUUUGAUCGUGAAAAUAAAGGGACUGUGUCCUUUAAAGAUUUUGGAGCGUUGUGGAAGUAUGUGACGGAUUGGCAAAAUUGUUUUCGAUCCUUUGAUCGUGACAAUUCUGGAAAUAUUGACAAAACUGAGCUGAAAACAGCACUGACAUCAUUUGGUUAUCGUUUAUCUGACCACCUAAUCGACGUCUUACUACGAAAAUUUGACCGCUUUGGGCGUGGUACAAUUCUUUUCGAUGAUUUUAUUCAAUGUUGUAUUGUGCUGUAUACAUUAACAACUGCAUUCCGCCAGCACGACACUGACUUGGAUGGGAUCAUAACCAUACAUUACGAACAGUUCUUAAGUAUGGUAUUUUCGUUAAAAAUAUAGUAUUAAGUGAUCUAAACUAAAUAAAUGAUUUGUUUUGCGCUAUACACAGCUACACAUAUUGCUAAAAGUUUUUAUUCGAAAGAGCAUACCUCCUUUUAAGAGUUUUUUACCAAAAAACUUUUUAAAUGUUGAUAAUAAAAACUGUUAUAACUUAGGCGAUAGACGAAAAUAUCUCUUCAGAUUUCUCCAGGAAUUUCUAAUAUACUGUGAUUCUAAGACCGCAACAGUUCAACCAAAGACAGUAGAAUAACAAGAUGCGUAACGGCCAUACAUUGGUUUAGCACUAUACAGCCACUUUUUUGGUGACGGCCAAAAUUGCCCUGUGUCCGCUCGCUUACGCUGAGAGAAGAAAUCUAAAAAUAGAAUUUUCUUGCUUGAGUGAGCAAAACCAGAGACCAGAACGCGUAUAUGUGUGCGUGUUGUGAUAGAAGACGAUUUUCGGGCCGAUUUACAUAUUUGGGGAGUUUUGGCCAAUUUCGUAGGAAUAUGAUGAAAUUGCGCGCUGUUUAAAAAUAUUAAAUUAGAAUAUAAAAAAAAACUCAAUAUGAAAAACAACCUAAUGUGCAUUUUAAAUAAUAAAACUGGAUCAUUUACAUACAUACAAAGGAAAUUAUUAUAACUACUACUUCUUUUUCCAAAAAGAAGACAUUACAUUGAGAAAUAAAUAUUUCAUAAAAAU